AUGGCGGCCUCUCAAGCACCCGAUAUCAACUCGAUACUGCAGCUCCUUAAUGCGACUCAGCGUCCUGCCACCUCGACUCCUACCCAGAGCCAACCUGGCCUCCCAGCUCCGGCCCAGCCUCCCAUGCCGCCCGCUGGCUACCCCCAUCCCCAGCAACCCGCCUACCCCCCUCAGCAGCCCCAAUACCAGCAGGCUCCAGGAUACUAUCCUCCUCCUGGCGCGAGUGGAGGCAUCGAUCUGAGCGCGGUGCGCCCCGUCAACUCUGGCACCGUUGACAUUCAGGAUGCUGUCGCCAAGGCCAGAGCUAUGGCCGCUGAGAACGGUCUCGUCCCUUACGAGCAAUCUUCCAGACCCUACCCUCCUCACGACUCGCGCCCCCACGAUUCUCGUGCUCCCGAUAACCGCCCCUACCAGCGCGCCCGCUCCAGGAGCCCCCGCGGCGGCCGCGAAUCGUACCGCGACAACGUCAACCCCUACCGCGAUGAAAGAAGAGGCGGCGAUCACGGCCACCACGGUGGUCAGUCGCGUGACUACGGACGUGAACGUUCCUUCUCUCCUGGCCGCGGACGCCAAGGUUUCUCCCCCCGUGGAGGCCAUGGUGGUGGUCGCGACCGCUCACCGCUUAGGGGCAAGGAGGCCGAUACCGAAACCAUCACGAUCGAGUCUAGCCUGGUUGGCCUUAUCAUCGGUCGUCAAGGCGAGAACCUUCGUCGUGUUGAAGGCGAGAGCCGCUGCAGAGUUCAGUUCGUUCCUCCUUCGAGCCCCACUGAGCAGUACCGCCCCUGCAAGAUCACCGGCCCCCGUGCUCAGCGUGAGGAGGCCAAGGAAAUGAUCAACCGCAUCAUUCGCGAUAGUGGAAUGAGGGGAAGCGCCCCGGCUGACAGACCUGCUCCCCGCGACACCGGCCGUGGUGGCUCUGCCGCCCCUCCUCCUCUCAAGGAGGGUGAGGACAGUCUCCAGAUCAUGGUUCCUGACAGGACCGUCGGUCUUAUCAUCGGUCGUGGUGGAGAGACCAUCCGCGACCUGCAGGAGCGCAGUGGUUGCCACAUCAACAUCGUCGGAGAGAAUAAGAGCGUUAACGGCCUUCGUCCUGUCAACCUUAUUGGCACCCCCGCCGCAGCCAAGAUGGCCAAGGAGUUGAUUCUCGAAAUUGUCGACAGUGAUAGCCGCAACGGAAACAAUCCUGGUGGCAACCGUCCUCCCCGCAACGACAACAUGGGUGGUGGUGGCGGCGGUGGUGGCGGUGGAUACGACAAGCAGAACGAUUCCAUCUUUGUCCCCUCUGAGGCCGUCGGUAUGAUCAUCGGCAAAGGCGGCGAGACUAUUCGUGAGAUGCAGAACACCACCGGCUGCAAGAUCAACGUUUCGCAGUCGUCUGGUGCUGGUGAGACUGAGCGCGAGAUUGGCUUGGUUGGCACCCGUGAGGCUAUUAACCGCGCUAAGCGUGCCAUCGAGGACAAGGUCGACGCGGCUAAACAAAAGAGCUCGGGCGGUGCCCCUCCUCGUCGCGGCCAGCAUCGCGAUUAUGAUAACCCCAACUAUGGUCAGCCUUCUAACAACAACAGUGUUCCCCAACAACAAACUAUGCCAGCAGGUAACGCCGCGGCUCCUACUGGAGCCGGUGCGCAAGGUGAUCCCUAUGCCAUGUACGGCGGUUAUGACAACUAUGUUGCUUUGUGGUGGCAGUCCCAGCUUGCCGCUCAGGCUUCUCAAGGUCAAGGUGCUGCCGGCCAGGCCCCUGGCACAUCGUAA